GAGUAGAGAGAGAGAGGAUUUAAUCUUUCAUGGUAAUGAUCGAGAGGAAACCAUCUUUGGUUCACAGAUACAACUGUGCUUUUAAGUCUUGUCGGACUCUUGCAAUAUUGUGUUGUGAUGAUUGUAUUGCUUGCGGAUCGUGCGGUAUGAUGGCACGACCGUAAAGACCGAACAGAAAAAGGCCCGUUGCCUUUUUCGAAACAAAAGUCAAUGUCAUAUCGUCGUAUUAUUCUAUUAUUUUGAUUUUCUAAAACCUAUCUUGAUCACUGUAACACCAGCCUCUCGAUGUCUUCCCAGGUUGGUGUCUGUGGAGCCCUAUCCGGCUCUAGAGCGGAGUGUUUUGUCACUCUUGAGAUCAAAACUGAGCAUGAGACCGAUGUUGCCAACACAGACAUCAAAGUUAAGAGUGAGUCAGAUGUUGCCAACACAGACAUCAAGACUGAGCCAGAGUUUGUUGUUACUAACGUCAAAAUCAAAAUUGAGCUGGAGCCCCAUGCUCCCAAUGCUGAUUAUGACAUCAAAAUAGAUUCAGUAUCAUAUGUCGGAAAUUCUGACAUUAAAAUUGAGGAUACAAACAGUCCUCGGCAGGCUUUACAAGCGGAAUAUUUCAAUGUCCAUGACGUGCAACUUGAUGUAGAUGAAGAUAACCUGUUACACGUAUCACAACAUGACACAGAGGUUCACUCAACAGAGAGGGGAUUGCCUGCAGUUGAUGCGACUCCCGCUCAAUCAUCAGGAGCUGACAGGAAACACGCGGAAGGAAGUGCAUCCGACAACAAACAGCGCGAGUCUCGACGAGGGUCGACUACCGCCCGUGAGCAGUGUAACGUUUGUCAGCGACAAUUCAAAUACAAACGUGAUUUGUUAAUACACUUGAGAACUCACACUGGCGAGAAACCAUACGAAUGUAAUGUUUGUAAGAAACGUUUUGGUGACAAAAGCAAUUUGCGAAACCAUUUAAAAACUCACACCGGUGAGAAACCACACGAGUGUACGAUUUGUCAAAAAAGUUUUAGUCGUAAGGACUAUUUACAGUUGCAUUUAAAUAUUCACACUGGCGACAGGCCAUUUAAAUGUAGAAUAUGUGAAAAAACUUUUAAUCGCAACGAUAGUUUACAAAUACAUUUAAACACUCACACCGGCGAGAAACCACACGAAUGCAGUGUUUGCCAGAAGUUUUUUAACAGCAAGGGUAGUUUACGACAACAUUUAAAAACUCACACCGGCGAGAAACCGCAUAAUUGUAAUAUUUGCGAUAAAAGAUUUUAUCGUAACAGCCAUUUGCGAAGACAUUUACAAAGUCACACCGGGGAAAAACCAUACGAAUGUAAUAUUUGUGGCAAACGCUUCGCUAACCGCAGCAAUUUAAGACUACAUUUAAAUACUCACACUGGUGAAAAAUCACAACAGUGUAAUGUUUGCAAGAAAACAUUUAGCCAAAGCAGUUAUUUGCGAAUACAUUUACAAACACACACUGGUGAAAAAUCACAUGAAUGUAAUGUUUGCAAUAAACUUUUUAGACACAAGAGUAACUUGCGAACACAUUUAAAAACUCACUCCGGUGAGAAACCAUAUGAAUGUGGUAUUUGUAAAAAGAGUUUUAGCCAAAGCUGUAAUUUGCGCCAACAUCUGAAUACUCACAGUGGUGAGAAACCAUACGAGUGUUGUAUUUGUCAAAAAAGAUUUGGCCAAAGCAGUCACAUGCGGCUUCAUUUGAACACUCACACUGGUGAGAAACCGCAUAAAUGUGAUAUUUGCCAAAUGAGUUUCAGUCAGAGCAGUCAUUUACGAACACAUUUAAAAAUACAUACUGGCGUUAAACUCUACAAAUGUGACGUGUGUGAGCGUCAGUAUACAAGGAAGAAUUCUUUAUCAAUUCACGUGGAAAGAUCGCACUGACGAAGUAUAUACUCAUAGUUUCAUUUAUGAUCAAUGCAAACUAAAUAGAUUGAACUAAUACAGUUUGAAUUAUUCUAUACGCCUCUAAUAUUACGGAUUUUAUUU